AGCCACAGGGACAGCAGUGCUCACCACUAGCUGGCUCGAGAGAGAGAGAGAAUCGGCGUCAGUGGUUGGAGAGAAGUAGGGGAGAAGAACGAGACGAUAGCGAUUAGGGGUGUGCAAGGCAGAGCAGGAAGAGUCCACUCCAGAACGAAUCAAUUGCAACCGGCGAAUGAUUCAAACAGAUUGAGAGGGAAGAGAUCCAGGAGCUUAGAUACAUAUCACAGCCGGGUGUGGUAAGUGUUGGGUUUUGCGCAUCCUUUGUCAAAUACUUUGACUCCUCCCGAUAGCUUUUGGCUAUAACAUCCACAUAUCCACAUAAAAGUAGAACGCCGGCUAGCAUUGCAGAAAUUUAGAGAUGGAGAGUAGCAGCAGCAGCAUCGUGAAGGGCAAGCCGAGUUCCCUGGACGAGCUGAUCGCGGUGCUGAACGAGCUCUUCUCGGGGGACAAGGUGGACGUGGACGAGGUGAAGGCUGUGAUGGCCUCAUACCCGCACGAUGCGACCGACUGGGAGCGCUUCGCCAAGUUUGACAAGUUUCGGUAUACGAGGAACCUGGUUGAUGAAGGCAAUGGAAAGUUCAAUCUCAUGCUGCUCUGCUGGGGAGAAGGUCAUGGCAGCUCCAUCCAUGACCACAUGGACGCCCACUGCUUCGUGAAGAUCAUGCAGGGUCAGCUGAAGGAGACGAUGUACGAGUGGCCGACACCCAGCACCAAGAAACAGGAGCUGAUCAAGAAGGCUGAGAAUCUGUACUCUGAGGAUCAAGUCACAUACAUCAAUGACAGCAUUGGACUGCACCGAGUGGAAAAUGUGAGCCACUCGGAGACGGCUAUCAGUCUGCACCUCUACAGCCCUCCCUUCAGCAGCUGUCAUUGCUUCGAUGAGCGCACAGGCCACAAGAACGAGGUCCAAAUGACCUUCUACAGCAAAUACGGCGAACGCACACCCUUCGAGGUCAAAGCCGCUGCUGAGGACAACUAAACAACUUCUAUCAAGAACUAGUCAUGGCAAGAGGUGGAUUGGCAAAACAUCACAUCGAUCAGUUAAUCACCAACAUUGACUUGUUUUAUUCCAGGACUGUGUGCUCAGAACGUUUAUCAAAAGGCUGAAUCUGCAAUGUCACUAAUUUUAAGUCACUUUUAACAAACUUUACUUUUUCAUCAAAUGGCAAACAUUCUGUAAAUCUGUUAAUGCUCCAGUGAGAGGUUACUGGAGUGCAUUGCUUGAGAUGUAAUGAUUAUUACUAUUAUUUCAUUGCACUUGUAGCUUUAGCAAUGGUAGAUACUAGCUUAAUUUGACAGUAACAAACCAUCAGAUACCAUUUUGGCGAAUAAAAUGAAAAUGGUCACGUUUUUAACAAGUACAAUAAUGUAGGUGGUGGUCAUAGCGCCUAUUGUAAGUUUGCGCAUCUGCUUAUUUUAUGAACAAACACCAUGAUUCUGUUCGGAUUGACGUCAAAUCACGUGAGUUACAAAUAUUCUGGGCCAAUCGCAAUGCAGAAACUGUUAGUAUGUUCACACUGCAAGAGUCAAAAGUGUGACAGAAGGAAGGUCUGGAAGUAUGUCCUUCGUGUUGUGCACUGUUGAAUGUACAGCCAGAAUAAUUGUUUUUCACAUGCAUUAUACUGUUAAAGUUAAAUGGUCAUUGGAGUACAAAAUAACAAUUUUUACAAUGUCAGUAUCACUGAUUUAAAAUGAUGAUGUACAUUUAUUUUAAUGCACAAUAACUGCAAUAUAUGCAAUAGAUCCUCAUUUGAGUUUUUUUGAAAAAUGGCUUUUUAAAAAUAUGUAAUUCGUAUUUUAUCAUUCAAAUCUGUGGAUUGUGGGGGUGGGGGGGGGGGUGUGGAGGGUGUUAACAGGAAAUAUAUAUUUUUUCUCUUGUUUAUUUUCUUAUUCAGGAAUGUAUUGUGUGGAGGUUUACGUUUUAAAUCUGUGUCCCAUUUGUGAAGUUGAUAAAACUGUCAACAAUAUUCUCUCUCCUUUCGCUUACGCAACUCGACCGUAACACACAUGUAUAUGCCUUUUAUCGUACGAAAACAAUCAUCCUGUAGCGUCAAGCAGACAAUUCAUGUGGGUUUUGAAUUUCCCUAUCUGGCGAAGAAAAGCCUAUUUAAUAUAAGGCGGUCACAAGCAAAUAAUACAGUUUAAAGGAGGUUAGGUAUGGCCAUGCAAGGGAGAAUGUUUAAAGCUAGGUGGUAUCUAAGCGAGAACCCUAACAAAAUGAUAAUUUAUAGUGUAUUGUUUUACCCUUAAUUACAUAAUGAUUAAAUACAUGAAUUACAUCACGGAGGAAAAAACGAUUGUUUAGAUUUUUUUACGGAGAAAUUGCGAACAUUUUAUCCGCACACUAAAACACUAAAUUAAAAACUAUUUUAAAGUUUUCCUUCCGACUGAUGAUGUGGCCAAUGUCAAGUUAUGAAAUGCGUGCCUGCUGGGAAUAUCUGUAUUUUUGAUAUAAGUACACAUUACGAUGUUUUCCCACAUGCAUUACCCCGUGAAGUCUUCUUCAUUAAUUUACCUCAAUUAAUGACAUGGCAAUGCAUAUUCAGUAAUGUUGUAAAUCUUGUUCAAUCACUUUUCACACUUGGGUGGAUUUUAGGGCUGGCCUUACAAUGCAUUCAACGCUUGUACUUUUUUGGUUUUAAAUGUUUCUAAAAUAAACUAUAAAGUAUCAA